UAUUGACAUUGAUUAAAAAUUAAGUCUGCUAAUCUGCCAAGUCGACAGAAAAGAUAUUUAUAUUUAUGGAUGAAGAGGCGGACAAUACAUUAUAUGGGACACUAAAUAAUGUGUUCAAACACAAAAAUUUUAAAUCCAAACUCCAAAAGGAAGCUACGAGAUGCAUACUUAAAGGAAGUAAAGAUGUCUUUGUUUCCAUGCCAACAGGUGCUGGAAAGUCAUUAUGUUACCAACUUCCAGCAGUGGCCAGUGAUGGAGUAUCAGUGGUAAUUUCCCCUCUAUUAGCUUUGAUGCAGGAUCAGUUAGAUCAUCUGGAUGCUAUAAAAAUACAGGCUGAGACAAUUAAUUCCAAAUUGACGGAAAAAGAACGAAAACGGGUUCUUGUUGAUCUCAAUAGCAGUAAUCCAAAAACCAAACUUUUGUAUGUGACACCUGAACAGGUAGCUACAGAUGGAUUUAAAUCAUUGGCAGAGUCACUGAUGAAAAGAAAGUUGUUCAAAUACUUAAUUGUUGAUGAAGCACAUUGUGUUAGUCAGUGGGGUCAUGAUUUUCGACCUGAUUAUUUAAAGUUAGGUUAUUUCCGUAAACGUAUUCCAGGGGUUCCCUGUAUAGCUUUGACUGCAACUGCAACUGAGCAAGUUCUAAAAGAUAUAAUCAAGCAGUUGAAAUUAAAGGAACCAUUAGCUAAAUUCAAAACCAGCUGUUUCCGACCAAAUCUGUAUUAUGAUGUAAAAAUGAAAGAGACCUUAGGUGAUCCUUACAAGGACUUGUCAGAAUUUUGUCUAGAAGCUUUGAACAGAUCACAAGCACAAAAAGAAGAACUAUUAGAAAACUGGUCAGAGUAUGGUUGUGGUAUUGUUUACUGUAGAACAAGAGAUGCAUGUGCAGAAGUGGCCUCACAGCUUACUAGAAAGGGUGUUCCUAGCAAACCAUACCAUGCGGGUCUGAAAUCUGGGAUCAGAGAGGAAGUCCAGAAUGACUGGAUGGAAGGCAAAUUCCCUGUAAUAGCAGCAACUAUCAGUUUUGGUAUGGGAGUAGAUAAACCAAAUGUUAGAUUUGUAGCUCAUUGGACCUUACCCAAAUCAAUGGCAGGAUACUACCAAGAGUCUGGCAGAGCUGGUAGAGAUGGGAACCAGUCCUACUGUCGUUUAUAUUAUUCCAGACAAGAGAGGGAUACUAUAAGCUUCCUCAUAAAUAAAGAACUAAAAAAAUUUACAAGAGAUAAGGAACAACAGAAAAUUAAACUACAAUCAGCUAACAAAAACUUUGAUGCUAUGAUAGAGUAUUGUGAGUAUGCCAUAUGUAGACAUUGGGCCAUCUCUAAGUAUUUUGGUGAUGUCAAACCAGAUUGUAACAAUAAUUGUGAUGCAUGUAAAACUCCAAAAAUGCUAGCCAAGACUAUCGAAGACUUGCAGAGAGGAGCAUAUGCUAAAACUAAAGCUAAAGGAAAAGGAGGAAUGUUCUUUAUACAAGAUGACAAAGAUGAUGCUGGGUUGUAUGGUGGGGGUCGAAUAGGGGUUAAGAGUGAGAAUAAUUCCUAUGAAAAGACAUAUGGAAGUGAUGAGGAACGCGACAACAAAGAAAAACGAGAAGCUGAUGAAAAACGACAGAGAUUUAAUUUUCUAAAGAGAGAGUUUAAAAAGAGGAAGAAGGAUACUUCAACAGUAACAGCUGGUGAUGAUGAUGAUUUUGAGAAGCCAAGUGAAGAUUGUGUUCUCAGAGAUGCUUCUAGUCCAAAAAUUCCUAGACUAACAGUCAAGAUCAGAGAACACUGCCUUGGAAUGAUUUCAUCUGAGCUUUAUACUAACUUUACUUCAUACUACAAAGAUAUUUCAGCCAAGAUGGCUGCCAAAGACUAUGAACCUGAGUGUUGUGCUAUAGAUGAAGAAUAUGAUGUGUUUAAGUCAAGUAAAGCUGUAAAUUUGUACAAGGCAGCUAUUAUGUCAAAAUGCAAUGAGAUAAAGAAAACAACAAAAAGUCAAGAUUUGCACAAAUCACUUGUUCCUAAAGGAUCAGACAAUUUUAAAUCAAGUCCUGCUAGUCAUUUCUCAAAUGAUGGCAGGGAUUAUUGUGAUAAGGCUACAACUUCUGGUUUUAGUUGUGCUUUUGUGAAAGCUUCUGAUAUGAUAGUUAACAAAAAGGAUAAUUUCAAGACUGAUCCUGAUGAAAAGUCAACUGUCAAGUAUUCCUGUGGUUCUGAUUCAGAUAAAUAUUCUAACACUGAUUCUAAAUUAAAACUUUCAAGAAAGUCUGAUUUAUCAUUAGAGGGUCAAAUUUCUCGUAAACCAUUUAAUGAUGUAAUUGAAGAGAAACCCUUAGAGCAAUUAGAAUCAGAAGUGGCAUCUAUUUUAGACAAAUACCAAGCGGGUAGUAUUUCAUCUAAAUCUAGUCACAAACAGAAGUCUAGAAGUGUUAAACCCGAACGUGUUCGAUUUAGUGAUGACAUUUUAUUUAAAAAUGAAUCAGGACUAGGAUCAGAUGAGAAUAAGUCUAGGAAUAGUACACCAAGUCCCAUUAAAACAGAGAAAGAAGACUUUUGUACAAAGGGGAUUGAUGAAUCGAAAGACAGAAAUGAGCAAGAAGUUAAAUUGAAACUUUUUAAGCUGACAACAGAUGAAAAAUACAAACAUUCUUCUCAUUCCAAAGAUAAUUCUAUAGGAAAAUCACAUGACACAUGUGUAACUACUGGUUGUACAGAUGCUUCAACAGCUUUCUACAUGGCUUGUCAAGUUAAUGAUAAAAAAGAUGAAACCAUUAAUCACUUUCAUAAAGGCAAAAAAAGACCAGUCAAAGAAGAGUGCAAAGACACAGACAGCAAAAAACCAAGACUAGAAUGCAGUACUGUAAUUACUAAUGUAAAUAGAGGACCAGGAAGCAAGCCUCAUGGAAAAGAUUUAAAGAUGACAGCAGAUCUUGUUGUCAAAUAUCUUACUCCGCACUUUUCUGCUGGAAAAUUUAUUUCUAAGGAUUUAUUUAAGUCUGUUGCCAAAUUAAUGUCACACAAAGUAUUAGAGAAAUGUGAAAGUAGAGAUAAAGACAAAGUUAAAGACAAAGUGAAACGAACCAUAAGGCAACUUUUUUCAGAGCGAACAGAAAUAAGAAGUGUGGAUGACUUAGAAAACCUGUAAUAUAAGAACAGAUUGUUAUGUUGUCUUAUAAAGAGGAUUGCAUAUUUAUUAAUUUAAACAUGAUCGAUUGAAUUCUUUGACAUCCUCCUGUAUAAUUCCUAUGCAGACCAUUUUACUCUUCUCAUUUCAGAAAAAUAAAACACUUUUGGAAGAUAAGAUAUGGAAAUCUUUGAAUAAUUUGAAGAAAAAAAAAAACAGUUUGUGACAAAGUGAAGUAAUAAAUGUACCAAUGUUUUCAAAGAUGUCAUAUUUUCUGGACUUCCCCUGCCUCUAAUUGGCAUAAAUUGUUACCCAUGUCCAUCUUUGAGUUGUUCUAUCCUUCCUUCCUUAUAAAAUCAAACAGUUUUUCAGACUAUUAAAUUUGUUAUGUUUUGAAAAAUCUUAGUCUCAGUGCUCAAAGGGUUAAGCAAAGACAUUUAAAGACAACUAUCGAGCCAUUACAUUUUAUAUACAACCCAACAUAUUUCUGUUCAGGGCAGUGUCAACAACAAUGUAAUGUCAACAAUUACAGCAGUUUGGAAGUUGUGUGUCCCUGACAAUCUUAAACAUACUUGGCCAUUGAAAGUAAAAAUUAUCACAAUUAUCUAAAUGAUUUCAAUAGCCCAUUGAUCAAUCGUUUUUGUCCCCCAUGCAAUAUUAUGCUGGGAACAUAGUAAAACCAGUCCUCCGAAUCAAAUCACAUUGGACACUCUCUCAAACCUAUUAAGAAAUUUGUAUCAAAGAUAUAUAUGAAUAAUAUCUGGGACAAGUUCAUCAUUGAUCAAUUAUUUUUGCGUGAGUAAUGUCCCUUGGAAAUGUAAAUUCUAUAGAAAAUUACAUUGUAAGCGCUCUCAAGUGUAACAUUCUUGCCAGAUUUUUAUGAAAUGUAUAUCAAAGGUUUAUAUCAGCAAUGUCUUGAAUGAAAAUCAACAUUGAUCAAUUAUUUUUACAAGAUUAAAAAAUUAAACACAAGUGAACCAACGCCUGGUAAAUCUUCUGUCAGUAGAUUCCAUAAAGUGGAUACCUCAGGUAUGCAGGGUCAUUACGAUAAAAACAUAAAAUGUAGAAGGUCCUAUAACAACAACACUUUAAUGAAUGCUCCAGUAAUUUAUUGAGAUCGACAUGUUUCGGUGGCUAGGUCACCAUCAUCAGGAUAGAAAACAAUACAAUUUGCGGUCGUAUAUUGGUAUGAUCAUUGGUGGCCUUCGGCUGUUGUCUGCUCUAUGGUCGGGUUGUUGUCUCUUUGACACAUUCCCCAUUUCCAUUCUCAAUUUUAUGACGUUGGCGUUGUUGUCGUUGUCGUCCGAAGACACAUUGGUUAUCGCACAAUAACUUUAGUUUAAGUGAAUGGAUCUCUAUGAAAUUUUACCAUUAGGUUUAAUACCACAAAAGGAAGGUUGGGAUUGAUUUUGGGGGUUAUGGUACCAACAGUUAAGGAAUUAGGGGCCAAAAAUAAGCAUUUUUGUAACUUCCAGACCACAACUUGUGUGCUAGUGUAUGGAUCUCUCUGACAUUGUACCACAAGGUUCCAUAUCACAAAGGGAAUGCUUGGAUUGAUUUUGGGGGGUAAUUGCCUCAAAAUUUUAGGAAUAAGGGGCCAAAAAAGGGGCAUAAAACGAGAAUUUUUCUAAUUUCAUGACAAUAACUUGUGUGUAAGUGUAUGGAUCUUUCUGAAAUUAUACUACAAGGUUCCAUAUCACAAAGGAAAAGCUGGAAUUGAGUUUGGGGGUAAUUGCCCAAAAUGUUUAGGAAUAAUGGGCCAAAAAGGGGCCAAAAAUAAGCAUUUUUCUAGUUUCCAGACCAUUACUUGUGUUCAAGUGUAUGGAUCCUUUGAAAUUGUACUGCAAGGUACCAUACCACAAAGGGAAGGCUAGGGUUGAUUUAGGGGGUAAUUGCCUCAAAAUAUUUGGAAUAAGGGGCCAAAAAGGGGCGAAAAACAAGCAUUUUUCUAGUUUCAGGACAAUAACUUGUGUGUAAGUGUAUGGAUCUUUAUGAAAUUGUACUGCAAGGUACCAUACCACAAAGGGAAGGCUGGGAUUGAGUUUGGGGGUGAUGAAUCAUAAGGAGGUUCAAAAAAUUUGGGGAGAGGGGGAUUUUUUUUUCCUUUUUUCCUUUGUUUUUUUCUUUAAAAUUUUCCAUUUUAAGUUGGUUAUUUCUGAUUUAUAUAUAAAAGCAAAUAAUAAUGAUAUGGUUUGAUUUCAUCAAAAAUAUUGGGGUUCUUUGAUAUGCUGAAUCUAACCGUGUAUUUAGAUUCUUAAAUUUUGGUCCCUUUAAAUUGGUCUACAUUAAGGUUCAAAGGGUCCAAAAUUAAACUUAUUUUGAUUUUAACAAAAAUUGAAUUCUUGGGGUUCUUUGAUAUGCUGAAUCUAAACAUGUAUUUAGAUUUUUGAUUAUGGGCCCAGUUUUCAAGUUGGUCCAAAUCGGGGUCCAAAUUUACACUUUGUUUGAUUUCAACAAAAAUUGAAUAUAUGGGGUUCUUUGAUAUGCUGAAUCUAACCGUGUAUUUAGAUUUUUGGAUUUUGGGCCUCGUUUUUAAAUUUAUCCACAUUGAGGUCCGAAGGGUCCAAAAUUAAACUUUGUUUGAUUUCAUUAAAAAUUUAAUUAUGGAGGUUCUUUGAUUUUCUGAGAGUUUUGGUCCCAACAGGAAUGUGGGGCCUAAAAAGGGCCCAAAUAAGCAUUUUUCUAGUUUUCAGACAAUAACUUGUGGAAUUGUGAAUGGAUCUCUCUGAAAUUAUACCACAAGUUUCCAUACCACAAAGGGAUGGUAAGAAUUGGCUUUGGGGGUUAUGGCUCAAACCGUUAAGAAAUAAGGGGCAAAAAACGGGGAAAAACAAGGGUUUCCUGGGUAAUGGACAAUUACUUAAGUACAAAACAUAAUUUAAAAGCAGUGUAAGGUUGGUAAUUCAAACUCAUUUGAAAAUCUCACAUACACUGCUUUUAAAUUAUGUAUAUUGGAAAUUUGCCAAAAACUUUAUUGUUAACCCUUACCAUGCUGAGCCCGUCAUAUGACGGGAUGACCCAGACCACCGUUAUUUGGCUCUAAUGGCUCUCCAUACUUUUAGAGGUCAACUUUAUGAUACUUAUUUCGAAAUGGAUGCAUGUUCCCUCAACCUGAGGCUAUCUAUUGUCAUGUUUCUCAUGUUUAAGUAGCAUUUUGAGCUCAAAUACGAACUUGGGAAAUUGAAAUUGGAUAAAACUGGUUUUUCUGGAGGGGUGGGCUUCCCUUCUGUGUCUUACACAGGAAGUUCAGAGGCCUAAAACUUUCAAAAAUAGUGUAAACCCGCAGACAUAUAUCUACUGAUCAUAAUUAUUUUUGAAAUACGCAGAGGAAACGACUACUUCGGGUUUCAGGUCCAGUUGAAGUCCAAAAUCGGAAAAAAUCGUGAAAUUCCGUAUUUUUUGUCCAAAUGACCUUCUUUAGACUGGUGUUCCCAGAUCAGUUUCACUCCAACCUAAGAACUGUUGGGGUUAAUGUGUUUACUGGGGUCCACUGUACAUGCAGACUACAGAUGGAUACCUAUAUCAGCAUCCCUCGGUCUUUGGGGUCAAGUAAUAGGACGAAAAAUCGUCAAAAAUGACGCUUUUUGCACCUGAUGACCAACUUUGGGGCUUUUAUGGUUGCAAAUUUAUUGGGGUUGUAAUUCAAACUCAUUUGAAUAUCUCGGCUACACUGGUUUUAAAUUAUGUAUAUUGGAAAUUUGCCAAUAAGUUUAGUAUUAAUAAAUUCCAUUGGAAAUUUGCCAAUAACUUUAGUAUAAUAAACUCCAUUGGAAAUUUGCCAAUAUAAAAUGUUGCUGAUGAAGGUUUAUUGUUUAUUUUUGGCCAUGACUAUGAUAUCAUUUUCUAUUUUAACACCUUAAUGAUGUAUUUAAAUGGGCUUUUAUGGUUGCAAAGGAAUUUUAUUCUUAGAUAUUACUAUAAAAUGUUGCUGAUUAAGUUUUUUUAAUUUUAGCUAUGACUAUGAUGUCAUUUUCCAUUUUAAUACUUUUAUGAUGUAUUUAAGUGGGCUUUUAUGGUUGCAAAGUCCAUUGGAAAUUUGAAUUGAGAUUAUGACCAGUUCUUGAGGGAAAGUGAAGGUAAGUUAAUUUUUUAAUACACAGGUUCUUUAUGAGUUUAUUUUAAUUGGUAUAUUUUGCCACAAUAUAUAUAUAAAGGUGUUGAUAUAAAUAUUUUUUUAAAGUAUAUUUGUUACAAUUGUGGAAUUUAGAUUUUGGAUAUUAGACCAUAAUAGGUAAAUUAAAAUUUUUCAAGUUCUUAGACCACAUUCAUUCUGUGUCAAAAACCUAUGCUGUGUCAAAUAUUUAAUCACAAUCCAAAUUCAGAACUGUGUCCAUACUUGCCCCAACUGUUCAGAGUUCGACUUCUGCGGUUGUAUCAAGCUGGGCCCAGCAGAGCAUUUUAUUUAUUUUUUUAUCGUGAACCCCUGCACCCUUCGAGGAACCACCGUUGCAACCUGCGCUAAUCUUGUUAGCCAUCGCACGCAGUAAUACAAACAAUUAUAUCAUUGAGGCAACAACAGGGACCGGCCUUCCUAAAAUGCUAUCAGGCAUUCAACAGGAGCAAAGAAAGUAAAUUAUGAUGAACCAUCUCAACCAUAAACGAGUCCAAAGGAGGAAAAGAACUGUAAUAAGAUUAUUUUUCCCUUACAGAAUUUAUUUGAAAUUAUAAGCACCAGACUUCUUAUUAUGAAAUUCACUUUGAAGUUCAGAAAAUACGUUAUUCAAACAUACUACUAACUUUACAAGAUUACCAGCCACUUCCGAUAGUUUAAUGAAGGAAUACAGCGUUUAAAUUCAGUAUAAACUAGUGAUAUUUUAUGUAAUUUUUCCUAUACCAGCGGAGGUCAAACACUUUACAGCAUUCCCGACGCGAUUGGGAGCAGUACCUCUGGCCAAGGGAAGCCAGUCGAAAUGGUACGGAAUUGCUAGUAAAAUGUCGUCCAUAUUUGGAAAUAUAGACGUUAAUUGAACACAAAGUUUACACAGAACACAACUAACAAUAAUUUAUUGUAUAAUUCGUUCCACUGUGCAAGAGUGCUAACACAUGAUGGCAGAAUAAUUUUAACAAACAUUUUAACAACAAAAACAUUGUAUAUUCAUUUUAUUUUAUUUUAAUAGUUUACUUCCAUACAUAUACUUACUUUUACUUUCUCUUUCAAUUGCUAUUUAUAACGUUACUCACCAUAGCAACAGGGUGACGUUUUAAUUUUCUCAUCCCGAUUUUGUACAUCAGCAUGAU